CUGGACCGCAGGUGUCUAUGCAGUUUUUUAAAGACGUGGGAGCCGCCAGUGAUCUACCACUCAUUCUGUACGAUCAAUAUCGAAUGGUAUCCAUACGAUGUUCAACAGUGUGAGCUGAAAUUUGGCAGUUGGACAUACAGUGGAACACAACUCAAUCUCGUUCAUCUACUCUCCGAUGAUGUGCGCUAUGUACAGCAUAAUAACGAUAGCGUAUGGGAUGUACAAAUAGGUGUCGACGUCUCCGGCUAUCAGGAAUCUGUCGAAUGGGAUUUGCUGUCGGUGUUCGGCACUCGUCAUGAGAAAUGGUAUCCGUGCUGCGAUUAUGCAUCAAUCGAUAUCACAUACUAUUUGCAAAUUCGUCGAAAAAAACUUUUUUACACGGUGAAUCUGGUGGUACCGUGUGCCUCACUGGCCGCUCUCACUUCAUGGGUUUUCUAUCUACCGUGCGAAAGCCAUCAGAAAAUUCAACUCUGUAUCUCAGUGCUCGUCUCAUUAACUGUAUUCUUUUUAUUACUGAUAGACAUCAUUCCGCCAACAAGUAUCGCUAUCCCUCUCAUUGCGAAAUAUCUCACUUUCACGAUGACAAUGGUUACGCUAUCAGUCAUGUUCACAGUCUUUGUACAAAAUGUGCACUUUCGCGGCUCGGAGUUUCCGAUAUCGGAUUGGGUGAGAAAGAUUUUCAUCGAUAAACUCGGUAGCAAGCUGCUUAUCUCGAGAGCCACCGAGAAGGGUAAUUUUCACCGGAAAGCUCAGCACAGCAAACAAAUUAAUGCCUUGUCAGCGAUGUGGAUUCUACAAAGGCAAUUUCACAAGGCCGUAUUUGAUGUAGAAAUGGCAACGAAGAACAAAAAGGAAGCAAUGUCGACGGUGAACUCAUUAUUUCUCGGUCUACCGAUGCUAAACCGUUCGAAGAGCGUCAAGGCGGACACCAUUUCUGGAAUCAUGUGGAAAAUUCUUGGGCUUUUCAGGACGGAUAAAUUAAAUCGAAGAACAUUCGACAAGAACAAAAAACUCUCGUGGUCUGCCAGUGCCGUCCGAGAUAAACUGCGACGAGCUGAACAUAAUGUGCAGUACAUCGCUCAGACUCUUACCGAAAGGCGUCAGGCUGAAGAAAUGGAAGCAGACUGGCAAUUCAUAUCUCUCGUAAUCGACAGAAUCUUACUUGUGAUCUUCGCCUUCUCUAUCACAGCGGGCAUCUUUGUUACCAUUCUGUCAGCACCAUCCAUUACCGACACUCGGGAACCAAUAACAACAAGACAGUCACUUUGA